GGGGUGGGUCGAGUCUAAUGAGGGCGGCUCCGAUUGGCUGGGAGAAACCCCCACCUCCACCGCCAGCCAAUAGGAGGGCAGGACACUGCGGGCCGUGUGAGGCCGGGCAGGCCUCCUCGAGCCAAAUACCAGCUCUCUCAUCCCCAGCCAGAGACGAGGAUGGGCUCACGACGAGGGUCAGCCAAAGGGUCGCAGUGCUGUGUUUUCACCCAUCCUCAGCCCUGCUGCAGCCCCGUGACCUGCUGUCCUUGGGUGUCACUUGCUGGGGACAGUGUGGGCAGUAGAGCACGAUGUUCCUGGUGGGACUCUCGGGUGGGAUCGCGUCUGGGAAGAGCACGGUGGUGGCUGUGCUGCGGGAGCUGGGCUGUGCCGUGAUCGAUGCCGAUGUUAUUGCCAGGCAGGUGGUGCAGCCCCACUCCAAGGCACAUCAGCAGAUCCUGCAGCACUUUGGCACCGAGAUCCUCCUGGAGAAUGGUGAGAUAAAUCGUGAGGCUCUCGGAAACAUUAUCUUCUCCCAGCCAGAGAAACGGCGGCUGCUGAACUCCAUCACCCACCCUGAGAUCCUGAAGGAGAUGCUGAAGCAGGUCCUGAAGUACUUUGUACUCGGUUACCGCUACGUGAUCCUGGACAUCCCUCUGCUCUUUGAGACCCGUGGACUGACCAGGUUUAUGAAAUACACAGUGCUGGUUUAUUGUGACCCCGGCACGCAGCUGCUGCGGCUGAUGAAGAGGAGCGGCUUGGGCGUGGCUGAGGCCGAAGCUCGGAUCAGCUCCCAGCUGCCCCUGGAGGAGAAGCGCAAGUGGGCGACCCACAUCAUUGACAACUCCGGGGACCGGGAGAGCACACGCCGGCAGGUCCUGCGCCUGCACGCCCGCCUCGAGGAUUCCCUGCAUUUCCUCUGGGCACGGCUGGCAGUGGGCACGGCUGUCGCCGGAUUUGGAGGGCUGGUGUUCCUCCUCAUCAGGCAUUUCAUCUCUUAACUCGCCUUUUCUCUUAGUCAGGGAAGGGGGCCUGAAUUUCCCCGUUUGAAAAGGGCAGUGAAAGGCCACUUCUGUUAAUGAGCUUUGCCAGCUGAAUGCAGACAGCGGCAUGAGGUGUCUCCUUGCACACUUCCCAAGGUGAACACAGGCAGAGGUUUUUUUCAGGCACGUUCUCCCUCCUCAGGUUCUCACCCAGCAGCUGUACCCAUGGGAUGAGGCCCUUGUCCCCAGGUGGGUCUCUAUUGUGGAACUUCAGUGAGCUGAGGCACUUUAAUCUGGGACAAUAUCACUUUAUUCUGGGACAGUCUCACUUUAAUCGGGUACAAUCUCACUUUAAUGUCUUCCUGGACAAUCUCCUCCCUAGGGCUGGGUGCCUUCUCAGGCCCUGUAAUUGCCUCCAGUGUUCCCUGGGUGAUUCCUCAUAGCUCAACCCUCCUAAUCCAGAUUUAGGUUUGGGAUUUCCCCUCUUUCAUGUUGAUUUAAUGGAAAUUCAUUAAAUCAUUGGUGGGGGGAGGACAGCACCUCGUUCACAUGAAUCAGCUGUUCAGCUGGGGGCUCUUCUUCCCUGCCCUCUGUUUCUGUGGCCAUCACUCAUGGGUCACCCUUGGCUUCAGAUCCAAGGGUCUGAUCCACACUGGAGCAGGCUGAGACCUGACCUCCUUCAAACUCAUUUCCUUCUGUUUGAGCUUCCUUCAGCAGCACUUUCCCAGUGGGAGAGUUGAGCCUGGGCAAGGCGGGUGCUGGGUCUUCACUUUUGUUUUAAUAAAACACUGAACAGCA